AUGGAUGAGGAGCAACUUCUUGAUUACGAGGAGGAGAAUGAGGACACCAACCGCGUCGUGGAGAAGACUGACGGAGCCGGUGAUGGCGGAAAGAAAGUCAAAGGAACCUACGCUUCAAUCCACAGCAGCGGUUUCCGUGAUUUCUUGCUGAAGCCGGAACUUCUCCGGGCUAUCGUUGAUUGCGGAUUUGAACAUCCAUCUGAAGUGCAACACGAAUGCAUCCCCCAAGCUAUCUUGGGCAUGGAUAUCGUCUGUCAAGCCAAAUCAGGCAUGGGCAAGACUGCUGUUUUCGUUCUUGCUACGCUACAGCAACUGGAGCCUGUCGACGGCGAGGUGAAAGUGCUUGUGAUGUGCCACACUCGCGAGCUGGCCUUCCAAAUUUCCAAGGAAUAUGAGCGCUUCAGCAAAUACAUGCAGACUGUCAAGGUUUCCGUCUUUUUCGGAGGUAUGCCGAUCAAGAAAGACGAGGAAACUCUGAAGACCAACUGUCCUCAUGUGGUUGUUGGUACCCCUGGACGCACUUUGGCUCUCGCACGUUCUGGUGCUCUGAAUCUCAAGAACGUGAAGUUCUUCGUUUUGGAUGAGUGCGACAAGAUGAUUGGCGAUCUCGACAUGCGUCGCGAUGUUCAAGAGAUCGUGCGAAUGACGCCGAAGGAGAAGCAAGUGAUGAUGUUCAGCGCCACACUGCCUAAGGAGCUGCGUGCUGUUUGCAAGAAAUUCAUGCAAGAUCCGAUGGAAGUCUACGUCGAUGACGAGGCCAAGCUCACUCUUCAUGGUCUCCAGCAGCACUACGUGAAGCUCCGCGAGGCCGACAAGAAUCGCAAGCUACUUGAACUGCUGGAUCAUCUAGAGUUCAAUCAGAAGCGAAUCCUUGUCGCAACCGAUCUGUUCGGUCGUGGAAUGGACAUUGAGCGCGUUAACAUCGUCUUCAACUAUGACAUGCCCGAAGAUUCGGAUUCCUACUUGCACAGGGUUGCCCGUGCCGGUCGUUUCGGGACGAAGGGUCUCGCGAUCACUUUCGUGUCCAACGACGAUGAUGCGAAGGUGCUCAACACUGUCCAGGACCGCUUCGACAUCAGCGUCACCGAGCUGCCGGAGAAUAUCGAAGUCUCUUCCUACAUCGAGGGUCGCGCUGAA